AUGUUCCCUUGGAAUGGGCUAAUUAAGAAACAUGUUGCCCAAAGAGCUUACCACGAAGCCCUCCAGACUCUCACUCUCAUGCACCGCACUGACAUCUGCCUCCUUGACCACUUCACCUUCCCAAUUGCUCUCAAAGCUUGCACCAACAUCCAAGCAUGGAAACAAGGCCGGCAGCUCCACGGCCUCAUCCUUCGUCUAGGCUUCGACUGGGAUGUCUACACCAGCAACGCCCUCUUGUCUAUGUACUCGGGAUGUGGACAAAUUCGAGUUGCCAUUCAGUUGUUCGACGCAAUGCCUCAAAGAAAUACUGUUAGUUGGAAUUCUAUAAUGGCUGGCUGCAUCCGUAACGACCUUGCCCAUGAAUCUCUUUCCUAUUUCUCCAAGAUGAUAGUGAAACCCAAAUCCUCGUUCUCUGUCUCAUCCUUGGCCUCAGAGGAACCUGACACCAUCACCAUGUGCACUGUGCUCCAUGCUCAUGCCCAUCUUGGACCUACUGGGUUUCCAAGUGCCAAGGCUGUUCAUGGUUACAUCAUAAGACGAGGCUUCCAAAUUGAAAAUGAAAAGCCUGCACCUGCAGCAAUGAGAACCGAGCCCUUUGUGGAGAAUGCUCUAAUCCAUACGUAUCUCGAGGCUUCAUGUUUGGCAUAUGCACAGAAAGUUUUUCAAGAAAUGCAGCCCGAAAAAAGAGAUGUGGUUACUUGGACCACCAUGAUCUCCGGGUAUCUUCAUCACAAACUAGAGAAUUUGGCACUAGCAACAUUCAUGUCCAUGUUGCAGCAGCAACAGCAGGUACGUGAGGGGAAUGUAUAUGUAGAUGCAGUCACACUGGCCACAGUGAUACCGGCUCUCGGCUCUCUUCGGCAAGGAAAACAGAUCCAUUGCCUUGCAGUCAAGAAUGGCUAUGAUCAAUUAAACGUGUUCGUUGCAACUUCUCUUAUCCAUGUUUAUGCUGAAUUUGGAACUAUAGAAUAUGCUGAUAAACUGUUCCAAAGAGUCAAGGACAGAAAUGUGGUGGCAUGGACUGCCAUUAUCACAGCCUAUGCUAAACAUGGCCAAGGUGAGGAUUCUGUGAGACUUUUCAACGAGAUGAGACGGCAAGGUGUGACUCCAAACCAUCUGACCUUCAUGGGUGUCCUUACUGCAUGCAACCAUGCCGGCCUUGUUGACCAAGCUCAGGAGUGUUUCAGGUGUAUGACCCAAGAUUAUGGGUUGAUACCUGAAAUGCAUCAUUAUGCGGCAAUGGUUGAUGUGCUGGGUCGAGCUGGGCGAUUGAGAGAGGCUCUGGAAUUUAUAAAGGCAAUGCCUGUAGAUGCAAGCUCGCCUGUUUGGGGGUCUCUGCUAGCUUCUUGUGGCUACCAUGAGGAUGUGGAGCUGGCACAUGAGGUGGCCAAGAUCUUGUUAAGCAUGGAACCAGACAAUCCAGCAAAUCUGGUGCUCCUAUCGAACAUGUUGGCUCAGAAGGAAAGAUGGAGUGAUGCCAGUGAAGUCAGAGAGACAAUGAAACGCCUUGGUCUGAGAAAGGUGCCUGGUCAGAGUUCUAUCCCUGUUCACUAA